GUCUUUCUCCCCCUCUCUCUCUCCCUCUCUCUCUCUCUCUCUCUACAGUGUCGAGUUCACUUUCCUAUCUAAAAUCCAAAAAAAAACAUAGAGAAUUAGGGUUUUGAAAUGCACAUAGAAAAUGGGAGAAGAAGAAGAUUAUGAGAAAAUUAAUUCAUCAUCAUCAUCAAAAUCUCAAGAACAAGAAGAAAUCAAAAUAGAAUCAUCAUCACCAUCUCAUUCAUCUGUUGCACAUCAUCAUGAAAUUCAUCAUGAUCCUGCUAUCAUCCAUGCCCUAGAAGGAGAUUUUCAUAACCUAAGGUUACAGCAACAUCAACAACAUGAAGAAAGCAAUGGUGUUAAUUAUCAUAAAGAUGCGAUUUAUAGUAAUAAAAAUGGAAGCUUUUUGCAGUAUCCAUUGAGACCUGAUGAACCUGAUUGUUCAUUUUAUCUUCGUACCGGAGCUUGUCGAUAUGGUUUGAAUUGUAGAUUCAAUCAUCCUCAUAAUCGAAACAAAGAUCAUGUUCGAUUUCAACAAACCCACUUCCCAGAAUCACUAAAGGUUGUUAAGGAGAAGGAUAAUAAGGAAGAAUAUCCUGAAAGACCAGGAGAACCAGAAUGCAAGUAUUACUUAAAGACAGGAGCUUGUAAGUACGGGAAAGAUUGUAGAUACGAUCAUCCCCGAGAAAAAACUGCAGUUGGACCAGCUCAGCACUUUAACUUUCUGGGACUGCCAAUUCGACCGGGGGAGAAAGAAUGCCCCUUCUACAUGCGUGUGGGCUCUUGUAAAUUCGCAACAAAUUGCAGGUUUCAUCAUCCUGACCCUGGGGAAGCGGUAGGAUUGGAUCCGAGCUCAGGAUAUCAUAGUGGCAUGUCUGUUCCUUUACAAUCAGGCGGCACUUCUCAAUCAUCUGCAUCUUGGUCUUCACCUAGAACCUCAAAUGAUCCUGUUCCUUAUGCAUCACGAUCAUAUUCUGGACUGAUGGCUUCACCAUCUCAAGGGACACAACAAAAUCUAGAGUGGGAUGGAUAUCAGGGUCCAGUAUAUCCACCAAAGGGAAAUACCAAUUCAGCAUCAGCUCCAUUCAAGAACAAUUCCAUCAGAAAAACAGAUGGGUCCAAGCAUUAUCGUCAUCAGCAGCAGAUGGCCACUGAUGAGUUCCCUGAGAGACCUGGAGAACGUGAAUGCCAAUACUUCGUGAGAAAUGGGGAUUGUAAAUAUAGAUCUGCUUGUAGGUUUGAUCAUCCGAAGAAUCGGCUGCAAAAUUCACCUGCUCUCAGUCCCAUGGGCCUACCUCUGAGACCUGGUGAAGAAAUUUGCUCACACUAUAGUCACUAUGGCAUUUGCAAGUUUGGACCUGCUUGUAAGUUUGAUCAUCCAUUAAAUUACGAUGGCUCUUCAGCUGCUGCUCCAACUAUGUCCACUUCGGAUCAGCUUACACACUUUGAUGAUGCUGCAAGUUCGGGGUCGUCUCGAAGGACAGGAUAUGAAAAUGGGAACGGAAACGAGGCUGUAAUCCAGCAGUUGCUGUAAGAUUUUUGUUAUAUUCCUGAAGAAUUCUGGGUUUGGAUUGUCUUUUUCUUUCUUGUGUUUUUUUUCAGGGUUGUUGUAGUGUGGAAACAAAUAAGUUAUUUAGUGUUUCAUCUAAGAACCCGAUGGGCAAAUGUUGUAAAUUUGUCUCUUCAGCUUAAAAUCUGAUUUGUAACUUUGUAAGUUAGCCUAACUUGUUUCUCUAAUCAUAUUAAGAGACUGUUAUUCUCAAA